AUGGCGCCCGUCUCCUCGCCCGAGCAGAGGCCAUACCCUCCAAUAUCUCGCGAUGAGGUCGAGGCGCUGAUAGCCGAUGGUCGCAAAAUCGUCAUUUACCAGGACCAUGCUCUCAAGGUCGACCCGUGGCUGCCAUACCACCCCGGUGGCGACAAGGCCGUGCUGCACAUGGUGGGAAGAGAUGCCACGGCUGAGAUUGAAGCCCUACACUCCGACACUGCCAGGCAGCAGAUGUUGCGAUAUCGGAUUGGCAAGAUUCAAGGGCUGUGGAGGAACUUCGUGCCUCCCAUCCAGGGAGGCACGUUCCGCACUCUUGCAGAGAUCAAAGACGAUGCCACCCCCUCCUCCGACGUCGACAGCGCGAGGGAAGAAGCACGCUCACGCUCCCCGGCCUCCCGAUCGCCGUCCCCCGUCUUCGACGUUGAUGGUCAGGCAUUGAAGCGCCGCACUGGCCGCGCUGCGAACCAACCUGCGGGGCCGCCCUCUGCAUCUCGGCAGUCGGCGGCCGGCCCCGACAUGGACGGCAUGUCGUAUCUCGACGCCAUCACGCGCGAGCACAUCAGCCUCGACCUCGAGAAAUAUCCGACGCCCGACCCGGAAACGCAGGCGGGCAUCUUGGCCAAGUAUCGCGCGCUGCAUCAGAGGGUCCACGAUAAAGGGCUUUACCGAUGCGAUUUCUGGGCCUAUGCCGUCGACUGCUGCCGAUAUAUCGCCUUCUUCGCCCUCAUGUUCGUCUGUCUUGGCUGGGGUCAGUACGCUCUCGGAGGCAUCUUCCUUGGCUUCAUGUGGCACCAGCUCGUCUUCGCUGCUCACGACGCGGGCCACAUGGGCAUCACCCACAAAUACAGCGUCGACACCAUCAUCGGCAUCAUCAUUGCAAACUUUAUCGGCGGCUUGUCCAUGGGCUGGUGGAAGAGGAACCACAACGUCCAUCACAUCUUGACCAACGCGCCCGAGCACGACCCGGACAUUGAGCACAUGCCGCUCUUUGCCGUCUCGCACCGAUUGCUAGGAAGUCUGCGGUCCACCUACUACGGCCGUGUCAUGAAGUACGACGCCGCGGCAAAGUUUUUCCUCAGGAUUCAGUCGUGGACCUACUACCCGUUGCUGGCCCUCGGCCGCUUCAACCUCUACGUGCAGUCGUGGGAUUACAUUCUGGCCAACAGGGGUGCUAAGAAAGGCCCCGGCGCCUGGCACCGGUGGCUGGAACUGACGGGCCAGGUCUUCUUCUGGACUUGGUUUGGGUAUGGGAUUCUGUACAAGAUGAUACCCGACGGCUGGUCCCGGUUUGUCUUCAUCAUGACAAGCCACGUCGCUUCUUCACCCCUGCACGUACAGAUCGUAUUGUCGCACUUUGCCAUGAGCACAGCCGACCUGGGUCCGCACGAGUCGUUUCCCCAGAGGAUGCUGCGGACAACCAUGGACGUCGACUGCCCCCCGUGGCUCGACUUCGUCCACGGAGGCCUGCAGUUCCAAAUUAUUCAUCAUUUAUUCCCACGCAUGCCCCGACAUAACCUCCGCAAAGCGCAGAAGCUGGUGCAAGAAUUCUGUAACGACGUGGGCAUCCCGUAUGUCCUGUACGGGUUCGCGGACAGCAACAAGCAGGUAAUCGGCCGUCUGUCCGAGGUGUCGAGACAGGCGGCCAUCCUGGGCAAAUGCCAAAAGACAAUCGCGAUGAGCGGCGACUUUUUUGGACAUGACCACCAUGACCACCGCAGUCACAAUUGA